CGUAGAGAGCUGGUUGAGAUGUGAUCCUGUGCUUCGUAAGGAACGUACGUCUUGCUUCAGUUUAAAAAAAAAAAAGGCGAGUUUUGUAUUCGAGGGAGCAGCCAUGUAUUCAGGUGUGGUGACUGUGCUGAUAGCCGGUCUAAUACGAGUGGCCCUUACGAAACCAGAUCUCAUUAACGUAAUAAAUGAGAAUGGCCUAAACGGAGGCGCUCCCGGGAAAGUAGACUCUUCCAGUCACUGGCUCAUCGGAGAACAAGUUGGGGCACUGACGCUUGAGCCUAUCAUUCACAAAAAUGAGGAAAGAAAGUACUUGCCCUCUGAUUUUAGCAGAGUGCACCCCGGCUUGACCUACGGCAGUGCUUUCGUUGAUAUGACCACCGCCAACAAGAAAUAUGGAACAGAGCCCACGAAAGAUAGAAAUGUAGAAGAUGACCCUAUUCAUUCAAAGGACUUCGGUAGCAGGAAGGAAAGCUCAAAUUCUGACGAACCACGUGAUACCCAGAAUGACACAAGAAGUUCUCUUGCUCAACCAGAUGCAGGGAAUGGUGAGCCACUCGCAGAGGUAGAUAACGUUCAUACAACUAGAUUUAUAGCACAAACAGGCGACUCACUCAUUAACAAAUCAAGCGUCAACUCAAAUGAUCCUCAUCGUCACAAAUCAAGUUUAUACAAAGGUCAUUCAUUGUAUAACCCACCAUAUGUAGGAACGGACAAAAGAGCUGAUAACUACAAGGCAAUUUCAAGAAGCCGCAGAAGUCUUACGAUCAAAGCAAGCACAGAAGUAGGUGAAACACUCACACGCAAACGCUGUUCCGAGUCAGGUCACCCAUUCACAAACAAACCCUGUGCUGAAGUAGACAACCCUCCCAUUAACAACGGUGGUACUAGGACUCUAAGUGUGGACACCUCCUGGAGUGCUGAGGGCUCCUACGAAAGAUCUGGAGUAGAAAGAGGUCAUCACCGUGGGGGAAAUGGUAGAGGCUUUGGAGGAGGAGGAGGAGGAGGAGGAGGAGGAGGAGGAAGGAGGAGGAGGAGGAGGAGGAGGCGGAGGAGGAGGUUUUGA